UUUAAAGCCGUCGAUGGCACGCGGUGCCUCCUCACUUCCUGGUUGAAGAUGGCGGAUGAGAAUGAGACAGCACCGAUGCCGGAGAAAGAAGAUGUAGAGGACCACGGACACUGCAGCGACUGUGAAAAUGAAGAUCACCACUUUGACGACGGUGACAGAGGUCUGGGUGACGACACUGGCGCUAAGAAGAAGAAAAAGAAGCAGAAAAAGAAGAAGAAAUCUGGUGCCACAGAAGCAGUUCAGGACCCCCUUGCCAAGGUGAAUUCGUUGCCCGCUGAUAAACUACAGGAGAUCCAAAAGGCCAUUGAACUGUUCUCUGUAGGCCAAGGCCCUGCCAAAACCAUGGAAGAGGCAACUCGGAGGAGUUACCAGUUUUGGGACACACAGCCCGUGCCCAAGCUAGGGGAGACCGUGACAUCGCAUGGCUCCAUUGAACCUGACAAAGACAACAUUCGUGAAGAGCCAUACAGCCUCCCACAGGGCUUCAGCUGGGACACCCUCGACUUGGGGAACCCUGCUGUGCUGAAGGAGCUUUACACGCUUCUGAAUGAGAAUUAUGUUGAAGAUGAUGACAACAUGUUCCGAUUUGACUACUCCCCUGAAUUCCUGCUCUGGGCCCUGCGACCCCCUGGCUGGUUGCCCCAGUGGCAUUGUGGGGUGAGAGUUAACUCCAACCAGAAGCUGGUAGGCUUCAUCAGUGCCAUUCCUGCUUCCAUCUGUAUCUACGACAUCGAAAAGAAAAUGGUUGAGAUCAAUUUCCUCUGCGUCCACAAGAAGCUUCGCUCCAAACGAGUUGCCCCAGUCCUGAUAAGAGAAAUCACCAGACGGGUCAACCUGCAGGGGAUCUUUCAGGCUGUCUACACUGCUGGAGUGGUGCUGCCCAAACCUGUGGGCACAUGCAGGUACUGGCACCGCUCUUUGAACCCACGCAAAUUAAUCGAGGUGAAGUUCUCCCACCUGAGCAGGAACAUGACUAUGCAGCGCACCAUGAAGUUGUACCGCCUGCCUGAGGCUCCUAAGACUCAAGGUCUGCGGCCGAUGACCAAGAAGGAUGUGCCGGUGGUGCAUCGCCUCCUGCGUGAAUACCUGAGCCAGUUCAACCUGGCGCCUGCCAUGAACCAGGAAGAGGUGGAACACUGGCUGCUGCCCCGGGAGAAUAUUAUUGACACUUACCUGGUGGAGAACAAUGGUAAGGUGACUGACUUCCUGAGUUUCUACACACUGCCAUCUACCAUUAUGAACCACCCUGUGCACCGCAGUCUAAAAGCGGCAUACUCCUUCUACAAUGUGCACACCACCACCCCCCUGCUGGACUUGAUGUCUGAUGCCCUCAUCCUGGCCAAAUCGAAAGGGUUUGACGUCUUCAAUGCACUGGAUCUAAUGGAAAACAAGACAUUUUUGGAGAAGCUUAAGUUCGGCAUCGGUGAUGGAAAUCUACAGUAUUACCUGUACAAUUGGAAGUGUCCCAGCAUGGGUUCAGAAAAGGUUGGGUUGGUGCUGCAGUGACAUCCCUUUACGCCACACACACACAAGUGUCACCAACAGGCCAGGAGACCGCACCAUCGCACUGACCACCUGACGGAUGGACUGACUUCCUGCUUCAGGAACUGAAAACCCACCGCCCAUUUUUACUUUUUUGACCUUUUGAACUUUGAUCUGCACUACCGCUGCCAGGCGGGGAGGCAGGGAGAGUCUUCAUGCUCUUCCUUCUCCCUCGAUCACAUGGACCUUAAGCCAAUGUAGUUACCAUCCCAAACAACUGUAUUUCAUCUGAGAGCUGUCUUGAUUGUACCAAACACACACAUACACAAGAACAGUUUGCACAAAUACCAAACACUCACUGUUGGCAUACCUACAAAAACAUACAAUACAUGUAAAUAAUAUCAAACAUUACUGCGGAUUAUGCCCUAACACAUACAAACUAGAACAUACGGUUUUAUUUUAUUCCUAAACGUUGGAAGUGCUUUUUGCAAUUAAAAUAAAUCUGUCAUCCUUCAGUUUUAGAGAUAAACAAAAAUGAAAAAUCAAAAUGAUGAAAAAAUAUUUUAAAGAGGAAAAGGUUAAAAAAGGUGAGGUAAUAAAUACCAAAAGUGGACACCAGAUAAGGGCUUCUGUUAAGAUUUCUCUUGUCAUGCUUGACCCUGUGUCUCUUUUUAAAAAAACAAAAAAAAAAAAAACAAAAAGAAAAUUUUCAUCAGACCCUUUGUUCUGUCAAUCAUUAUGGAGUUGUUUUAGCACUGCUUGAAUAUUUUUAUGCCAGAGUUGGCAUUCGUCUUAUGGAGUUUGUCUCAUCUGUCAUGACCCUCCUCCCCAGUUUACUGCACUAACAGAAGACUGAUUACAAUGGAGCAGCUCAGUUGGAAACAAAAAAAAAAUCAGAAUGGUUGCAGACGAGAACACAUUUCGUCAGCAGGGAUCAGAUUUUUAAUGACACCUCUUGAUUAAACUGUGUCCGUUUCAAUGUCCACCCUUAUGCUCUCUCAGGCUGGAAAGGUCUGCAAACACUUCAGUUGAGGUGGGAAAUGUGCCUGAGCGUUAUUUUGAAGACUUGUUGAGUUCAGGAUUCUGACUUUGCUUGAGGGAAUCAGGUGUUGAAAAUAAUCAUGAACAUUAAUAUAAUAAAAUAGAAAAGCUGAUAGAUCUAGCAAAAGUUUAAAUGCACACGGCACCUCCUGUGUUUAGUUCUUUGCUGUAUAAAGGCAUGAUCAUGGUUUGUAUCUGUCUCAUUCAAUGAAAUAACAUCACUUAUAUUAUGCUUUUAUAAGCUUUAUUUAAAAAGUGACAACACAAUAUUAUUAACCUACGUAAUAUGAAAUAUGAGCAUUGCUGGUAGCAUUUCACCUCAAUACAGCAUUUAGAGCUCUACCCUGAUCAUGCAGGUGACAUCAGUGAAGGUAUGUGAGGGUGGAUGUUGGAACGGGGCCCAUGGACUUCCAGGACGUUGUGCAGGGUUGGUGGCGAUGAUGACUGGGGAAAAUGCCCCACUUAAAGUGUUUCUUAUGUAAGAUGUUGGUUCUAUUUGCAAACUGAUGUAAAACAAUAGUGGCUCUCAUGGUAUUAUGAUGCAGGAAAAGACUGUGAAGAUGCAGGUGAAGUUUCCUUUUUUUUUUUUUUUUUUUUGGAGCAAAAAAAUAAAAUCUAGAAGUUGCUGUGAGGUUCUGUCAAAGGAUUUUUUUUAUGUUCACACAAAUUAAACUCCAUCAAAUCAAGGCGGCAACUUAUGUAGUUACAGUAAAUCACUGGCAACAAAUCUUAACUCAAGGUCCACCUGCUACAUCUUUCAUGAGUUUUAAACCGGAGCUAAGGUAAAGAAUUUCUGAACUGCAGCAAAAUUCUUGUGGUUCAACUGGCAAAUUUUGUUGACAAUAUUACUCCAGAUGAUGAACUGACAGGGUGUUUGGAAAGGCUCCCUGCCUUAUCAGAUGAAUAGUUUACAUAUACCCAUACAAAGAGGUAUUGCUGUUUUUGUGUACAUACAGUACAACUACUAACACCACUGACUAAUAAUUCUGUACAUCUCUACAUUUUAAACUAAAUAAAGAAUUAACAUCAA